AUGGUCCAACCGACGCGAUGUCUUCGGAGCAAUCUUCUGCUGCUGCUUUAUGUUCUGAAAGCUUCCGGCGCCAAGCAAAUCACCGAAAUAGAUGAAGAUCUUCCAACCCGGAGUGGCUCCAUGCUGCAAACACAGAAGCAGCUGGCGCCAGCCGCGCUCAAGUCCUCUUGCAGCGACUCCGAGUUGGUUUGCCAGCUAUGCCUGAGUACCGUGCAGGAACUGGUGCUCUUCGAAGCCCUGCCCUGCGAUUUGCCCUGCGGGCAUCAACUGGUGCUGCUUGGAGCCAUUUCAGUUUGGUUGCCUAUGUGGCUUCCGAGGUGCCGUGCGCACUUGCAAAUGGAACCGCCGCACCUCGGAGAGUUCGCAUGUGAACCCUCCUGUAGGAGUGCGUUGACAAAGCUCCUUGGUAGCAAGUUCGGAUGCAACAUGACGAGCGCAUGCCUGUACUCCGUGAUCUGCACGGUGCCAUUGGGCAUGAUGGCAGCAACUUUUGCGCAGCGCGCACAAAUGGCUGCCCGGCGAACUGCUCCAACAAGGAGCAUCAUUGUCACUUGCCGCCGCAUCCACCAGCACAGCAAGGAUUCAACUGGUGCUCAAAGCGGCUUGACGUGCUUGUUGCAGAAGUGUCCGGAAGCCUGCAACUCGACGGAGCUGGCGUGCGCCGCGGAAGAUGGCGGCGGCAUCUGCGUGCCUCGAGAAGCAGGCUGUCCGGUCAAGUGCAAGAAGCACGAACACCGGUGCCACUCGCCGCCGGCUCGUGCUGACGGCUCAGGUCUCAACUGGUGCGCCGAAGCCGACUCGCCUUGCCCGCUUUAUAACUGCAGCAAGGGUCAGGUGGCUUGCUUGGAGGACGAGGUCUACACCUGCUACGAUCGAAGGGAUGGCUGUCCUGCGAACUGCAGCAAGCAUCAGCAUGUAUGCCACAGUGCCCCCGAAGCUGACUGUCCAGAUUGUGUAGCAGUGAACUGGUGCUCCGACGAGAAAUGUCCUGAAGCAUGUUCUGACGACGAGAUCACAUGUCUACACAAACACGGCACGACCUGCCGGCUCUUGUCGCAGGGCUGUCCGGUUCACUGCAACGCUUCGCAGCACUCCUGCCACUCCCCACCGCCCUGCAAAGGCUGCACCGGGAGCAACUGGUGCUCCGACGUGCCAUGCCCCUUCGUUUGUGCGUCGGAUGAAAUCCAAUGCACUGGCAGCAACGGCACGGAAUUCUGCGCUGCAGUUGCUGAUGGCUGUCCUGUGACAUGCCGUGACGAGGACUAUAUCUGCCACAUGCCACCGCAGUGCCCGGAGUGUGUUGGCACGAACUGGUGCUCUGCAGAACCCUGUGCGACGUCCGUUUGA